GAGACGAUGGACGAGAACUGCUCCUUCAGGCCGUGCGCCACGGACUUCUCCAUAGCGGCGAUCAUGGCCCGCCACGGCAGCAGGGCCGCCAAGGCUGCGGCCGACAGCUUGGCGCCUCUAGCGCAGGAUGGCGCGCAGCGCUCUGACCUCUUGGGGGCCUCGCUCUGUUCCGUUCCGGCAGAGAAGCUGGUGGACACGACGCCGACGUCUUCCUCGCUGGCCAGCAGCUCGCCGGAGCCGUCCACGCCGCGGGACGAGGGCCGCGAGUCCCCUCCCGAGAUCAGCUCGUCCACCCCGGAGUCCUCCUCCGCCGUCGCCGCGACCGCCACGUCUUCCUCCUCGGGCCGCUGCAAGAAGUCCCCGUCGAGGGCUUCCACGUCCUCCGGGUCUCCCCCUCCUCCGCCCCCGCAGAGGAACCCGCAGCUCCAGGAGCGCGCCAACUGCGAGGAGCUGCGACACGUGGUCUGCCACAUGGAGACCAAGGAGCUGUGGGAGAAGUUCAACGACCUGGGCACCGAGAUGAUCAUCACCAAGUCCGGCAGGCGCAUGUUCCCCACGUGUCGGGUGUCCUUCACGGGAGUGCGGCCCGAGCAGCGGUACGCGGUGCUCAUGGACAUAGUGCCGGUGGACAACAAGAGGUACCGCUACGCCUACCACCGGUCCUCGUGGCUGGUGGCGGGCAAGGCGGACCCGCCGGCGCCUUGCCGGCUCUACAUGCACCCGGACUCGCCCUUCACGGGGGAGCAGCUCAGGAAGCAGGUCGUGUCCUUCGAGAAGGUCAAGCUCACUAACAACGAGAUGGACAAGCAUGGACAUCUGGUGCUCAACUCCAUGCACAAGUACCAGCCGAGGAUCCACCUGGUGAAGCGGCACGAGUCGCAGGGCAGCGCGCCCAUCACCGACCUGGAGGCGGAGGAGUUCAAGACGUUCAUCUUCCCCGAGUCGGUGUUCACGGCCGUCACAGCCUACCAGAACCAGCUGAUCACGAAGCUGAAGAUCGACAGCAAUCCGUUCGCAAAAGGAUUCAGGGAUUCCUCACGACUUACGGAGUUCGAGAGGGAGACGAUGGAGUCCAUGCUGGCGGAGCAGCACUACCUGCGCUCGCCCUUACGUCCCUUCGACCUCGACUCGCACAACAACAACCUCACGCUGGAGGAGAAGGCUCUGCUCGCCGCCCGCUCCCAGCUGUUCCUGCGCGCCGCCGCCGCGUCCAGUCUGUACGCGCCGCUGAUGGCUCCCGUGUGCCCGCUGCCGGGGGCGAGCCCCGGGGGCGGCGCGCUCUGGGGGCAGUGGGCCUGCCUGGGGCCCUCGCUGCUCGCUGCGCAGCACCAGCACGCGCAGCACCUGGCGGCGGCGGCGGCCGCCUCCACCUCUGCGGCGCCGCAGCUCCCGCGGCCCGUCUACCCGCUCACGCAGCACCGCUUCUCGCCGUACGCCGCCCCCGCGGCGGGCCUGCGCCGCCCCGCCUCGCCGGCGCCGUCCCCGGACAGCCUGCAGGACGGCGGCGAGCUGUCCGCGUCGCCGCACAGCCCGGCGCUGUCGUAG